AUGCAAUUCUCCACUCUCUUCACUGUCGUCGCUCUCGCUCUCAGCGUUUCUGCCCUCCCAAACACCGCUGCUGGUGGCAAGGAAGUCGUCUUCCCAAUUGGCAACUCGGUCACCAUGGUCGAGGCUAACAAGGCCUGCGGAUCCAACAUGAAGCUUAACUGCUGCAACGAUGUCGACAUUACCAAGAACGCUCAGAGCAGCGCUGCUGGUCUCCUCGGAUUGAACCUUGACAGAGUUCUUGGAAAGGUCGGCAUCCUCGGAAAGUGCAAUGAAAUCAGCAUCCCAGUUGUCAACCUCGUCCCUAUCAACAACCUCCUCAACAACAAGUGCAAGCAGAACGUUGCCUGCUGCCAAGACAGCGGUAACAACCAGCAGUCUGGUCUCGUCAAUGUCGGUCUCCCAUGCAUUGCUCUCAGCAGCUUGAUCUAG